AUGAAAAACAACUCCAUCCUUGUCGGAACACGUUGCUUGGCGUAUCAAACAUACCGCGACGGUCUGGGUUUACUUUGGGACCCAGGACGCGCUCCGUGGGGCCCGGAGGCCGACCACCAGCGCGAAACAUAUCACUUGAUCGUCUCCGCCAACGUUGGCUCAUCCUCCCUCAAGAUCCUCCUUAACCUUUCAGCUCUUCCUCAUGACCAGACACAGGAAACCUUCGACAAGUCUCAGACGUAUGGCCGUGACAAGGCCAAGUUUUCCCUGUUCUCAGGGCUCUACAAGCAGGUCUAUACUUGUCUUGAGCCUUCUGGCGACUAUCUCUCCUCCCGGCAGGUGGGCUUCACAUCCCAAAACGAGAAUGACACUUUCUCCGACUCCAGUCACGACGUCAAGAAGGAGAAGGAAAACUUCAUCAGAGACCACGCUCCCGCCCUCUCUUCCUGGAUCACUUGGAGAUCGAAUUCGGGCAGAGAGACGUUGAGUAGUUCAGGCACCGCGUCGUACACAACGGCGACUACUUCGAGCCUGUCGCUAUCUCCUUCAUCCUCCAAGCCCUACACGGAGAUGCUCGCCGACCUCACGUCUUUGCACGGCUCCUUCUUCCUAUUCCUGAUGAUAUGGUAUGCUGACGCUUGCAUUUGGAUAGACCCACCGGCGCCGCCCUGGCAGCCCUUUAGGACUCGCUCAAAUUUCUGCCAAACGCACGCUCGAUUGACGAUUUCAACACAACCUUCGCUCGCCAACGCAGCCUCCAAAAUACGGCCUUCAUGGGAUUUCAUACACGUGCAUCCUCCGCACCGUCUUCGCCACGUUCGCGAACCCACCUCCCAAGUAUCCGCCAUCGCACUCUACCUCGGCAUCAGCGCCUACGCAAGCGCCAUCCAGGCCGGCGAUUCUAUUGACACCUCUUAGGUACACCAACACCGCUGAUCGCAUCUCCCACGAUCCCGCGCACGCGACGAACGUGAAGGAGAUUCAUGAACAAGAACGGGUGGUACGCCAUGGCCGGCUCCGCGAUCUCAGAGGUAUCGCGAAAACGGGACAUGAACUAGAAGAGGACGGUUUGCGAUAGUAUCGUCUCCUUCAGCUCGGAAACGUAAGGCCGAAAAUGCUGAUUUUUUUUUUUCUCGUCGUCUGUAGGUUGGCCUGCGACCCGCCGGUGGACCGCAUCCGCGCCUACACUCUUGGGAAAUCUUGUCGCAUUCAUCAUCGCGGGGAGGAAGGGGUAGAGGGCUCGGUGGUCUCAUUCAAUCUUACAUGGUGUAUGGUCCUAUGCGGUAACGAUGAUCCAUGUGGAGGAGCAGAAGGGUCCCGAACGCGAACAUCAUGGACGUGUAGACGUUUGAGCGGAUUAACGCUUACCUCCGAGCUC